AUGAAGAGAAGUCCCACUUUACUCCUCAUCCUCUGUUCUUUUCUCUUUUCCAUCGUCUCUAGCAAUCUACUCGUCGAACCGGUUCAACCCAACACCGUACCGGCCUUCCCCGUCGAGACACAAGCUCAAAGCUGCCGUCUUGACCUCUCCGACGAGCUCUUCGGCGGAGUCAAUGAAGCUUGCGGGAGAAACCUUGACCGGAGCCGGUGUUGCCCUGUUCUCGCCGCAUGGCUCUUCGCAGCUCACGCUCGUUCUGCUCUCCAGCUACCGGCUCCUGCUCCGUCGCCGGAAGCCUCCGAUCCCGACGAACCGAUGAAACCAGACGACUCUCAGAAGUGCGUCAACACAUUGCAGAGCGCGCUUCUGACCAAAAAAAUCAAGAUCCCGCAGCCAAAUUCGACCUGCGAUGCAAUCUUGUGCUUCUGCGGCAUUCGUCUCCACCAGAUAAGCUCACUCUCUUGCCCCGCCGCUUUCAAUGUCUCCUCCGGCUUCCGAAACGCGACUCCGACCGCCGCCGUGAAGAAUCUCGAGAAGGAAUGUCGGAACUCCUCUUACUCCGGCUGUACCAGAUGCCUCGGCGCUCUUCAAAAGCUCAAAGUAAAAGGAGGAAACAAGAAGACAACAACGGAGAGAGCGAGUAAGAUGAUGAGCAAAGACUGCCAGCUCAUGGGACUCACGUGGCUACUGGCUCGUAACAAAACGGCAUACAUCCCCACCGUUUCGGCUGUGUUAAGAGCCAUUAUGUAUAGUCCACACCCACCUCACCUCAACAAGUGCAGCCCUGACCAGGAGAACAUGCCCUUAGCCGUUGACUCUCUUCAGUUUCAAAAGAGCAGAGCUUCUUCGUCACACUUUUCUGUGUUUCCGGUUUUACCCCUGAUCCUCUGCAUCUUUCUCUUACUGUGA